AUGGAUGCAAGGAAUCACUCUGGGGUGUCUGAGUUUGUGUUUCUGGGACUCACCAAUUCAUGGGAGAUCCAGCUUCUCCUCUUGGUCUUCUCCUCUGUGCUCUAUGUGGCAAGCAUGACUGGAAACAUCCUCAUUGUGUUUUCUGUGACCAUUGAUCCUCAUUUACAUUCCCCCAUGUACUUCCUACUGGCCAGUCUCUCCUUCAUUGACCUGGGCGCCUGCUCCACUGCUUCUCCCAAGAUGAUUUAUGACCUUUUCAGAAAACACAAAGUCAUCUCCUUUGGAGGUUGCAUCACACAGAUCUUCUUCAUUCAUGUCAUUGGUGCUGUGGAGAUGGUGCUGCUCAUAGCCAUGGCUUUUGACAGAUAUGUGGCCAUUUGUAAACCUCUUCACUACCUGACUAUCAUGAAUCCACGAAUAUGUAUUUCAUUUUUGACUGCUGCCUGGGUCAUUGGUAUUAUUCAUUCAUUGUUCCAACUGGUGUUUAUCGUUAAUUUACCCUUCUGUGGCCCUAAUGUAUUGGACAGCUUUUACUGUGACUUACCCAAGCUCCUUCAACUGGCCUGCAGAGAUACCUACAGACUACAGUUCAUGGUGACCAUCAACAGUGGGUUCAUUUGUGUUGGAUCUUUUUUGAUACUUCUCCUAUCCUAUAUCUUCAUUCUGUUUACUGUUUGGAAACAUUCCUCAGGUGGUUCAUCCAAGGCUCUCUCCACUCUGUCAGCUCAUGUCACUGUGGUCUUUUUCUUCUUUGGUCCAACUAUGCUUGUCUAUACAUGGCCAAAUCCCAAUUCCCAGAUGGACAAAUUUCUUGCGCUUUCUGAUGCAGUUCUCACUCCUUUUCUAAAUCCAGUUAUCUAUACAUUCAGGAAUAAAGAGAUGAAGACAGCAAUGAAGAGAGUUUUCAGACCACUAGAGAUUUUCAGAAAGAGCUCAAAAAUAAUAUUAUAA